GACCUAAAAAAGGAGCGUAGAAGAAGAAGUAGCAGCAGCAGCAGAAGGAGGAGAAGAAGAAACAUCCUGUGGCCUUUUCUUGACUGCAGUAGUUUGUUUUGUGUUUUGCUCUCAUAUAAGUUAUCGAUGACUCUCUCUAAACUACAGAAGUAAUCGACAAAGAAGAGCAGCUUCUGUGAAACAUUUAGUAAAGAUGAAGCUCAACAUUGAGGGUUUGCUGGUGUAUUUCCCUUAUGACUACAUCUAUCCUGAGCAGUACUCCUACAUGCUGGAGCUGAAGAGGACGCUGGAUGCUAAGGGUCAUGGAGUCCUGGAGAUGCCUUCAGGAACAGGGAAGACCAUCUCACUGCUUUCUCUCAUCGUUGCCUACCAGAAGGCUUAUCCUCUGGAGGUGACCAAGCUGAUAUACUGCUCCAGAACAGUUCCCGAGAUCGAGAAGGUCGUGGAGGAGCUGCGGAAGCUGAUGGAGUUUUACGUCAAAGAAACUGGAGAGAGCAACACCUUCCUGGCUCUGGCUCUUUCCUCCAGAAAGAACCUUUGCAUCCACCCGGAGGUGAGCUCUCUGCGCUUUGGUAAGGAGGUCGACGGGAAGUGCCACAGCCUGACAGCGUCGUACAUUCGUGCACAACGUCACAGUAACCCCGGCCUGCCAGUCUGCCGCUUCUAUGAGGAGUUUGACGCAGUCGGCCGACAGGUGCCCCUCCCCGCUGGCAUCUACAACCUCGAUGACCUUAAAGACUUUGGCAGGAGGAAGGGCUGGUGUCCGUACUAUCUGGCACGAUAUUCGAUCCUUCACGCUAACAUUGUGGUGUACAGCUAUCACUACCUGCUGGACCCCAAGAUCGCCGACCUGGUGUCCAAAGAGCUGGCCAAGAAAUCUGUAGUGGUGUUCGACGAGGCUCAUAACAUCGAUAACGUUUGCAUCGACUCCAUGAGCGUGAACAUCACCAGGCGAACGCUGGACCGCUGCCAGACCAACGUGGACACGCUGCAUAACACCAUCCACAAAAUAAAGGAGACGGACGCCGCUAAGCUGAAGCAGGAGUACAGACGGUUGGUAGAGGGGCUGAAGGAAGCCAACGUUGCCAGGGAAACGGACGUCUACCUCUCAAAUCCAGUGUUGCCUGAUGAAAUUCUUCAAGAGGCUGUCCCCGGUACGAUCCGCACGGCCGAGCACUUUGUCGGUUUCUUGAGACGUUUCCUGGAGUAUCUGAAGUCUCGUCUGAGGGUCCAUCACGUCGUGCAGGAGAGCGCCCCCCAGUUCCUCAAAGACAUCUUUGAAAAAGUCUGCAUCGACCGCAAGCCUCUCAGGUUUUGUGCAGAGCGUUUGCAGUCGUUGCUGAGAACCCUGGAAAUCGCCGACAUCGCAGACUUCUCAGCUGUUACUCUCAUCUCUAACUUUGCGACUCUCGUCAGCACCUACAGUCAAGGUUUUACUAUUAUUAUCGAGCCCUUUGAAGACAGAACUCCAACCAUCACCAACCCUGUGCUGCACUUCAGCUGCAUGGAUCCGUCUAUAGCCAUCAAACCUGUUUUUCAGAGGUUUCAGUCGGUCAUCAUCACCUCAGGGACUCUAUCUCCUCUCGACAUUUAUCCCCGAAUCCUCGACUUUCGUCCCGUUACCAUGGCGUCCUUCACCAUGACGCUGGCUCGGACCUGCCUCUGCCCUCUGAUUGUUGGCAGGGGAAACGACCAGGUGGCUCUGAGCUCAAAGUUUGAGACCAGAGAAGACUUUGCUGUGAUCCGUAACUAUGGCAACCUGCUCCUGGAGAUGUCGGCUGUUGUUCCCGACGGGAUCGUGGCGUUUUUCACCAGCUACGUCUACAUGGAGAACAUCGUGUCUUCGUGGUACGAGCAGGGCAUCCUGGAGAACAUCCAAAGAAACAAGCUGAUUUUCAUCGAGACUCCAGACGCUGCAGAGACGAGCAUGGCUCUGGAGAAAUAUCAAGAGGCUUGUGAGAACGGCAGAGGAGCCAUCCUCCUGUCUGUGGCCAGAGGAAAAGUGUCUGAAGGAAUAGAUUUUGUGCACCACUUUGGUCGAGCCGUCAUCAUGUUUGGAGUACCGUACGUUUACACGCAGAGCCGCAUCCUGAAGGCUCGGCUGGAGUACCUUCGGGAUCAGUUUCAGAUCAGAGAGAACGACUUCCUGACCUUUGAUGCCAUGAGGCACGCGGCUCAGUGCGUGGGCAGAGCCAUCAGAGGCAAGACCGACUACGGACUCAUGAUAUUUGCUGACAAGCGUUACGCCAGAGCAGAUAAACGUGGAAAACUUCCUCGCUGGAUUCAAGAGCACAUCAGUGACGGCAGUUUGAAUCUCACCGUGGAUGAAGCCGUCCAGCUCUCCAAGCACUUCCUGAGGCAGAUGGCUCAGCCUUUCAGACAGGAGGACCAGCUGGGUCUGUCUUUGUUGACUCUGGAGCAGCUGGAGUCGGAGGAGAUGCUGCAGAAAAUCACUCAGAUAGCUCAUCAGACUUGAAGGUGACCUACGCUCCAUGAUGUCGUCGUCGCCGCAGCAGAAACGCCGUCAUCAGCCGCUACAGAGAACUCACAUUUAGGACGUCAUCAUCAAACGACGACACCCAUAAGAAAGUGUCAAACGAGGGUUGGCUCAUUUCUGUCAAAAACCUGCUCAGUAUUUUAGAGUUUAAAUAUAUUGUCAGGUCCAGGGUGUUUCACCUUCACGGAUUUCAGCUCCACGUACUGUUCAUUGUGUUACUCAGCUGUAAACUUCCAUGAAAACCAAUUAGAACCGUUUCAGAUAUUAAAUCUGAUCAUUUUAGCCCAGAGUAGUAAAAGCAGAUGUUGAUGCAGUGUUUUGUAUAGUUCAACCAACAACAACAAAAAAAAAACAAUAAUGAACCUGAUAAGGACUGAAUUUAAGUCUUAACACAAAUGUUUACACUGUUUUCAGUAGUUCAUCCUGAAAAAUGUUACACAUUAUGUGCUGUGUUGUUGUUUUUUAUACUUCUAUCUAGUGUCUGUCAUACAGACAAAUCUGCUGUUCUGUUUCCUUUGCUACUGUACAUACAUUUUAUACUAAACAUGAAUAUUUGUCUUCCAACCAGGGAGUUGUAAUAUAAAUGUUUGUAUUAAACAGCUGACUCUG